AUGUCAGCUGUUGAUGAUCAACAAAAUGCAGAUAAGCAAGUUGAACAAUGGAAAAUCAAAAAAUUAAUUAAAAAUUUGGAAGCUGCCAGAGGUAAUGGUACAUCUAUGAUUUCAUUAAUUAUUCGUCCAGGUGAUCAAAUUGCAAAAGUUAAUAAAAUGUUAGCAGAAGAGUAUGGUACAGCAUCAAAUAUUAAAUCAAGAGUUAAUAGAUUAUCAGUAUUGGGUGCAAUUACAUCAGCACAACAAAGAUUAAAGUUAUAUACUAAAGUACCAGAUAAUGGUUUAGUUAUUUAUUGCGGUACAAUGGUUACAGAUGAAGGUAAAGAGAAACCAGUACGUAUCGAUAUUGAACCAUUCAAACCAAUCAAUACCUCACUCUAUUUAUGUGAUAAUAAAUUCCAUACAGCACCAUUGGGUGAAUUAUUAGAGAGUGAUGAAAAGUUUGGUUUCAUCGUCGUAGAUGGUAAUGGUGCACUCUUUGGUUUAUUAUGUGGUUCAACCAGAACAGUUCUCCAUAAGAUUACAGUAGAUCUCCCAAAGAAACACGGUCGUGGUGGUCAAUCUGCCCUUCGUUUCGCUCGUCUUCGUAUGGAAAAACGUCACAAUUACGUUCGUAAAGUUUCAGAGUUGGCCACCCAAUUCUACGUCACCAAUGAUAAACCAAACGUUUCAGGUUUGAUUUUAGCUGGUUCUGCCGAUUUCAAGACUGAACUUGGUACCUCUGAUAUGUUUGAUCAACGUCUUCGUGAAAAGAUCAUUAAAAUCGUCGAUGUUUCCUAUGGUGGUGAUAAUGGUUUCAAUCAAGCUAUCGAAUUAUCUGGUGAAGUUCUCUCAAGUGUCAAAUUCAUUCAAGAGAAGAAAUUAAUCUCACAAUUCUUUGAAGAGAUCGCACAAGACACUGGUAAGUAUUGUUUCGGUAUCGCUGAUACUUUGAAAGCUUUGGACUUGGGUGCUGCUCACACUUUAAUCGUUUGGGAAUCAUUGGAAACAAUUCGUUACUUACUUCGUUUACCAACUGGUGAAGAGAAAGUCAUCUUUUUAAAUAAAGAUCAAAAUAAAGAUGCCUCUGUCUUUAAGGAUAAAGAAUCUGGUCUUGACUAUGAAAUCGUCGAAGAAAUGCCAAUCGUUGAGUGGUUCGCCAAUAACUACAAAAACUUUGGUGCCUCUCUCGAAUUCGUCACCAACAAAUCUCAAGAAGGUUCACAAUUCUGUAAAGGUUUUGGUGGUUUGGGUGGUUUACUCCGUUAUCAAGUAGAUUUCGCUCAACUCAAUGAUUUCGAUAAUCCAGAUGAGAAUGAAUACGAUGAUAGUGAUUCAGACUUUUGA